UGGGUGUUGUUAUAUGUGUCACUCAUAAAUGAGAAGUGAUCAGAUUUAGCAGAGCAGUUGAACCAAAAAUGAAGCAACAGGCUUGGAACCCUGGAGCCCUUCUCGUUGUAAUUCUGCUUGGGGCAGUGUCCUUCACAUUGAGUGAUCCCUUCAUAUCAAUAGUGUCAAAGGGAGAAUCGGCUACCCUGUACUGUAAUGCAUCACUUCAAGCAGGAUCACAGGCCCAGUGGACAAGGAGAGGGGUCAGUGGGGAUAAAUGUGUGAUUGUGACCAGACAGGAGGAUGGAAGAGUUGUUAAAGAAAUAAAAGAUCUACAGAAUCGGUUUCAAAUAGAUGACCGCUUUAGCAUUCAUUUUGAGAGAGUUGAUCCAGGAGACCUUGGAACCUAUGAGUGUGGAGGACGUGAAACAAGUUUAAUAGUACUGGCAGAUCCCGCCAGUCACACAGUAUCAGAGGGAGAGUCAGUAACCCUGCACUGUGGUGACUCGGCAGAUCUAGCAGGGGCAGGGAGUGUCAGAUGGAAGCAGGUUAAUGGAGGCACUGGUCAUUCUAUUCUGUACAAAGAUCCAGCAGGAAAAACUGUAACACAAGUAAAUGAUCCAGACCAUCGAUAUGAACUUAGACUCAACUCAUCCCUUUACAUAAGGAAAGUAAAAUCAGCAGACUCUGGGAGAUAUGAAUGUAAUGGGAUCCAUGUGGCUGAUUUAAAGGUGCUGACUGCUACUUCAACAACAACUACUGCAAAAACAACAAAACUAACAGAAAGUACACCGAGUAGUGAAUCAACCACAACUACUUCCAAAGCAACAGCUGUCUCAACUACGGAAUCAAACAAAAUAUCAUCCACAGCUCCUUCAAAACAAACAACAGUCCUGACCACACCUCCAAAGAAAGAAACCGCUACAAAUGUUGCCCUAUUCACUGCUGUGGGUAUUAUCAUACCAAUUCUGGCAGCUGCAAUAUUCAUCUUCUUUUGGAAAAGAAGAUCAAUGACAAAAGAAAGUCAAGACAACACAGGUCAUGUUUAUGAAACCGUGAAGGAGCCAACAACAGCCAAAAACAACUUCCAGGACUGCAAAGAACAUGCAUAUUACUCAGUUAUCCAGGAACCAAACGCUCUCCAAAACAAUCCUCAGACCUCUAAAGAAUCUCAGUAUGCACUGGUGCAGCUGUCAAAUGUUGACAAAAACAACUACCAGGACUGCAAAGAACAUGUAUAUUACUCUGUUAUCCAGGAACCAAACACUCUUCAAAACAAUCCUCACACCUCUAAAGAAUCUCAGUAUGCACUGGUGCAGCUGUCAAAAGUUGAGGAAAACAGUGACCAGGAUAAAAAGGAAACGGAAUACUCACUUUUGCAUGCCCCCAAAGCAACAGACUGCAAAUCUCAAAACAGUAAGGAACCCGAGUAUGAACUUGUGAAAGCACCAAAGGAAAAACUCGAAUCUCAAGACAUUAAAUAAUUUGAAUAUGCCUUUGUGCAAGCACCAAAGGAUGUCAAAUGAGAGUGAAGAGGAUCCCAUAUCUAGUUCUAAUAGACUCUGAACAGAGAAAACAAAGUUGCCUAUUGUCUAUUGAUUCAAACCCAGCUACAAGAGAGAGAGAAGAUGAUACAAUACCCUUUAAACUGCAAAUAUCACCUCAUCUUUAUCCUCAUUUGCGUUUAUUUAUUUAAAGAUUAUGAAUGUGAUAGCUUAUGAUUUCUUAUUGUAAUGCACUGCUAUAUACAGUGAAGUCAUUUUGUAAAUUAAGUACACCAUGUAAAUGUUUAAAUGUGAUUAAAUGUCAUAGCUUAUUACAA